GGUCUGCAGGAGGUUCUAGAGGAACAUAAGAUCAGUCUGAGGAGGAGAUGUGAACGUGUGACUGAAGGAAGUGAUGAACCAGGAAGUAGAACCCUCCUCAACAGGAUCUACACUGAUCUCUACAUCACAGAGGGACAGAGUGAAGAGGUUAAUACCCAACAUGAGGUGAAGCAGCUGGAGAGAGCUUCCAGGAUCCAGAACCUCCAUGACUCUCCAAUCAGGUGCCACGACAUCUUUAAAGCCUUACCUGACCAACAUGGAGCCAUCAGAGUGGUUCUGACCAACGGCGUCGCUGGUGUUGGAAAAACCUUCUCAGUGCAGAAGUUCACUCUGGACUGGGCCGAGGGCUUGGAGAACCAAGAUGUCCGUGUGGUGGUUCUGCUGUCGUUCAGGGAGCUGAACCUGAUCAGAGGUGAGCAGCACAGUCUUCUCACGCUGCUCCAUGUUUUCCAUCCAACCCUCCAGAAGCUCCCAGCAGAGCAGCUGGCUGCCCACAAACUUCUCUUCAUCUUUGACGGCCUGGAUGAAAGCAGACUUUCUCUGGACUUCAACCACAGUCGGCUUGUUUCUGACGUCACACAGAAGUCAUCAGUCGACGUUCUGCUGACAAACCUCAUCAAGGGGAACCUGCUUCCCUCGGCUCUGGUCUGGAUCACCUCCAGACCUGCAGCGGCCAAUCAGAUCCCUCCUUCAUGUGUUGCCAGGGUAACAGAGGUACGAGGCUUCACCGACGCCCAGAAGGAGGAGUACUUCAGGAGGAGGUUCAGUGAUGAAGAGCUGUCCAGCAGAAUCAUCUCCCACAUCAAGACCUCCAGGAGCCUCCACAUCAUGUGUGGAAUCCCAGUCUUCUGCUGGAUCACUGCUACGGUUCUGGAGAACAUGUUGACCACAGAGCAGAGAGGAGAGCUGCCCAAGACCAUGACUGACAUGUACUCUCACUUCCUGCUGGUCCAGACCAGGAGGAAGAAGAACAAGUACCAUGAAGGACAUGAGAGGAGUCCACAGGAGCUGAUGGAGGCUGACAGGGAAGUUCUCCUGAAGCUGGGGAGGCUGGCGUUAGAACAUCUGGAGAAAGGAAACAUCAUGUUCUACCAAGAAGACCUGGAGCAGUGUGGUCUGGAUGUCACAGAGGCCUCGGUGUACUCAGGAGUUUGUACAGAGAUCUUCAAGAGAGAGAGUGUGAUGUUCCAGAAAGCAGUCUACUGCUUUGUUCAUCUGAGCAUUCAGGAGUUUCUGGCUGCAGUCUACAUGUUCCACUGCUUCACCAGCAGGAACACAGAGGUGAUGAACAGAUUCUUGGGGGAACAUCACACCAUCAAGAGCCUGUUGGGAUACUUCAGGAAAACAUCUCUGGAGGACUUCCUGAAGAGAAUCAUGGAGAAAUCCCUCUUCAGUAAAAAUGGCCACCUGGACCUGUUUGCUCGCUUCCUUCAUGGCCUCUCUGUGGAGUCCAACCAGAGACUCUUAGGAGGCCUGCUGGGUCAGACAGAGAACAGUCCAGAAACCAUCCAGAGAGUCAUCAACAACCUGAAGGAGAUGAACACUGUUAGAAUCUCUCCAGACAGAAGCAUCAACAUCUUCCACUGUCUGAUGGAGAUGAAGGACCUCUCAGUUUAUCAGGAGAUCCAACAGUUCCUGAAAUCAGAGAACAGAUCAGAGAAGCUCUCAGAGAUCCAGUGCUCAGCUCUGGCCUACAUGCUGCAGAUGUCAGAGGAGGUUCUGGAUGAGUUGGACCUGCAGAAGUACAACACAACAGCAGCAGGACGACUUAGACUGAUUCCAGCUGUGAGGAACUGCAGAAAGGCUCGAUUGGAGAGCUGCAGUUUAUCAGAGAUCAGCUGUUCUUCUCUGGUUUUGGCGCUGAAGUCCAACCCCUCCCAUCUGACAGAACUGGACCUGAGUGGAAACGACCUGAAAAAUGCUGGAGUGAAGAAGCUCUGUGGUUUUCUCCAGACUCCCCUCUGCAAACUACAGAUAUUGAGAUUGAAGUGCUGCAGUUUGUCAGAGAUCAGCUGUUCUUCUCUGGUAUUGGCUCUGAAGUCCAACCCCUCCCAUCUGACAGAACUGGACCUGAGUCACAACAACGACCUGAAAGAUGCUGGAGUGAAGGAGCUCUGUGGUUUUCUCCAGACUUCCCUCUGCAAACUACAGAUAUUGAGAUUGAGGGACUGCAGUUUGUCAGAGAUCAGCUGUGAUUCUCUGUGUUUGGCGCUGAAGUCCAACCCGUCCCAUCUGACAGAACUGGACCUGAGUGACAACGACCUGAAAGAUGCUGGAGUGAAGGAGCUCUGUGGUUUUCUCCAGACUCCCCUCUGCAAACUACAGAGAUUGAGAUUGUGGAACUGCAUGUUGUCAAAGAUCAGCUGUGAUUCUCUGUGUUCGGCGCUGAAGUCCAACCCGUCCCAUCUGACAGAUCUGGACCUGGGAUGGAACGACCUGAAGAAGUCAGAUGUUCAGCAGCUGCAGGAUCUUGUAAACAGACUACAUACGGGAAUCUGUGGAGUGGUGGGGAUCAUCUUAGAGGAGAGAAGCUGAGCUGUCCUGAUGAUC